CGCCGCCGUUGCGUUGCUUUCUUAUAGGAUUGCGGGUACUCUCCACCUGGUGAUUGCCUGUAAUUACAUAGUUCUAUAGUUCUCGUCUCACUCUCCUCUCUUAUCCGUCCGUGCCGCUUCUUCAGAAGCUUUGUUAAAGAUACCACCUGGAAGAACCAACCAGACUCUUCUAGGUUGCCUUUCAAGGGUCUCUGCCCACGCCCAUCAUAAUCCCCCCCUUUCCCUUCGUUUCUUCCUCUUCCCUCCUUACGCUAUCGCUUUCCCCACUCCUCCAUUCACUCCCUCAACGCUCCCAUAGGGGCAGGCCAACAUGAUAGUCUCAUUACGCCGCGGGUUGAUUGCCGCUCUCUUGCUGUCAGGGACGGUCGCUGCACAAGAUGAUGCCGCCGGACACGACAGCAUCGAGGACUGGCGGGCAGCACACGUCCGCACAUCGGGAGAUGCCAUGAAGCCUUGUCCUCCGCCGUGCCAGGAAGAACCAUCUUCUGAAUCUGAAAAGGCAUCUUUCCUCUUCUCCGAUGCCGCUGGUCUGGCCGCCUGCAACGAGACCAUGGUACUAAGCUUGGCCGUUCAAAACAGCAAUAUAGAUGGUGCUCCUAGGCCAGUUGCAAUCAGAGCAUGCAAAGCCGAAUUCACAUCCAGAUAUGACACUUUUACACCGAAAGAGGAUGUUGCCGCCAUUUGCUCAACGCCCAACCAUAGAAUCGUCCAGGCCUCCGUCUCCAUGGGGGAGCUCAGCUCUCCCAAUGGCAACAACAAGUUUGUCACUGUCCAUCUCCUGGAAGCGGGCAAACAACUUCUCAACUCGCUCGGCGCAAAGAAGCCCUCUUGCACCGAUAAUUUCCUAAGCUUUGGCUACUCACAGUCUUCCGUCAUUGGCCUUUUUGGAGGUCUUGAGCUUCACCAGCAUGGUGUACCUGCCGAGGUCAUGAACAAGUUCCUGGAGCAUGCCCGGGAGAAAUCCAUCUCCAUGUCAACCCUUGUUCAACUCUGCAACGAAGGAGAACGUGGGGCCGACUAUGCCGUCGGUGUCAUUGCCGUCAGUUCUCAGGACUUUUCUUUGGCCCAAGACGCGGUCAAGGCAUGGGCAGAUGGACGUUGUGUCUCGGCUGACACCAACAACAAUCCAGGCUGGACGGCCGUCACUAUCCGCGUCCCAGAAAACGCCAGAGACUCCAGAAACACCACCAGCACUCAACCAUCACAGGAGGUCUCUGAUUCUGGAGAUGCUGCCCAUAUCUGGGGAAAGUCGCGUCUUGCCGCGAGGGCCACCUGCAAGACGCAAACGGUCAAAGCGAACGACGGCUACGCCUCGGUGGCCGAGCGAUGCGGCAUUAGCCAGGCUGAUCUGAAAAAGUACAAUCCUGCAUCCAACUUCUGCUCUACACUUGUCCCUGGCCAAGUGGUCUGUUGCUCUUCAGGCCAGCUGCCCGAUAAAAUCCCCCCGGCCAACUCUGACGGCACCUGUAAAACCGUCAGUGUCAUAAGCGGCGACGGCUGCACAUCCCUGGCGUCAAAGUGCAAGCUGGCUCCAGCAGACUUCACCGCGCUUCACCCAGACAAGAACUUCUGCUCAAGCCUGGCCGUUGGCCAGCCAGCCCGUCUGAUGCACUCGUGGCAAGCUGCCCGUCUGAAACCCAAGCCAGGUAAGGAUGGGUCGUGUGCGACGUACACCAUCAAACCGGACGAUGGCUGCUCUGCCAUUGCUGCCUCUCAUGGCCUAACACAAAAGGAUAUUGAGGAUUUCAAUAAGAAGACUUGGGGCUGGACUGGCUGUAACCCGCUCUUCCAAGGAAGCGUAAUCUCCUCUGUCGGAGAUGCUCAGUGUGGACCGACGGUGCCCGGUACUAAGAUGCCGCAAGGCAGCACCAGUGAUGACUGGGCUAAGAUUAACCCUUGCCCUCUCAAUGUCUGCUGCAAUAUCUGGGGCAAGUGUGGUUUCACAGAUGACUUUUGUAUUCUUUCCAAGUCCGUAACUGGUGCACCCCGCACUUCCGGGGUCAAGAAUGGAUGUAUCGCUAGCUGCGGCAGAGAUAUUGUUAAAGGUAGCGCGCCUCAGAAGACGCUUCGAGUCGCGUAUUUUAAGUCUUGGAACGGCAACCGCAAAUGCUUGACCAUGGAUGUCAAUCAGAUUGACACCGCCAAGUACACGCAUAUCCACUGGUCCUUUGCUAAUGUCGCGAAAGAUUUCAAAGUUGACGUUAGCGGCGCACAAGCACAAUUUGAUAUGUUCAAGGGCAUGGCUGGGGUUAAGAGGGUCAUCUCGUUUGGCGGUUGGGACUUUAGCACCAAACCAAAUACGUUUAACAUUCUGCGAGAGGCUGCCAAGUCGGGGAAUCGCGACACUUUCCGCAAGAAUAUCGUUGACUUCCUUGGCAAGCAUAGCCUGGACGGCGUUGACCUUGACUGGGAGUAUCCAGGUGCUCCUGAUAUCCCUGAUGUCCCUGCCAGUGAUUCUAAUGCUGGAGAAGAUUAUUAUCAGCUGCUAAAGGGCAUUAAAGACUCUGUUGGUACUAAAUAUUCCGUUUCGUUUGCAGCUCCAGCUUCAUACUGGUACCUCAAGGCUUUCCCCGUCGAAAAGAUGGGUAAGGCGCUUGAUUAUAUUGUUUACAUGACAUACGAUCUUCACGCCCAGUGGGACUAUAACAAUAAGUGGACGUCUUCCGGCUGUCCUACUGGUAAGUGUCUUCGCUCUCACGCCAACGAGACGGAAACAAAGGAUGCCUUGGCUAUGAUCACAAAGGCUGGCGUGCCAUCUAACAAGGUUGUUGUCGGCGUCGCCAGCUAUGGGCGCUCUUUCAAAAUGGCCACAGCCGGUUGCGAUGGACCAAUGUGUACAUUUACAGGUAGUCCAAGACAGUCUAACGCCUAUGCCGGCCGCUGCACAAACACUGCAGGCUACAUUUCUAACGCUGAGAUCAAAGAGAUUAUUGCUUCUGGGAAAAUUAACAAGCAGUGGGUUGCUGCUGGAUCUGAUAUAUACUGUGAAAAGCUCUACGCGUCCUACAACAUGGCAGGAACGAGCGAUUGGGCUGUUGAUUUGCUGGAGUUUCGCGAUGGUAGUGAUCUUGAUAGUGGGGCUGCUGGCGACUUUCCGCUCGACUAUGAGUACAAGAUUGAUACAGACUUCUACAGCCAGUGUGACGCCAGCUACGAUUCCCUGGAUACCCUUGAGAGCCGCAAGGAUAAAAUUCCUGAUCGCAUGUAUUUCUACAUGGCCAAAGUGGAAGCCAAGAUCAUGGGCGAUGCUCUGAACAAGUACGACGACCUCAUUGCCGACGGCUACGACGACAAGUUCAGCACGUUUCAGACAUGCGUCAAGCAUCAAGUGCCCGAUCAGAUCAAUGCUUUUAUGGGCAACGGAAAAGCUGGUGACUACUUCAAGUGCGAGGAGACGGGCGAGCGCAAUUGCUGUGGUAGUUGCCGCUACUUCUGCGAUGAUGACAGCAACAAAGACUGCGAUAACUCUAAAGACUGCAAAAACGGCCGCGGCACAUUCACGAUUACGUGUCCGACAGAGUUCAAGGACGGCGAGGUUGGAAAUUGGCUUGCCGAAGACGCGGCUCCAAAUACCACAUUCACGCUCGAGAAUGAAGAUGGUUUUUACAAAGCUAUCUACGAUGACUACGGCGUUGAAAAGGAUUGGAUAAAGUUUGGCAGUACCCACGUCUACUUGAACAACGGUUGCCAAUACUCCGAUGACAUUAACAAGUGUGCAUGGGACAAUGAUAAUUGGUACUGGAAUUACCCUCAGGCCAGCGACGAUAUCAAGGUUUCCAACCCCAAGGAUAUUAUUGGAGACUCGAACGGCAAGUCGAGAGAUCUGCUGUCAAGACUCAAUAUCUUGAUUACCAUGGCCGACUACGACGAGCUCGAGGACCCGGCUGAUCUGGUCGACGCAGCAAUGCUCCCUGCCCUGAGCAUAGACUCAGCCGUCAGCAGCAUGGUCGAGGUUGCCAAACAGGCUGAGGAGAUCAAGAAGGCCGAACGCCAGGAAAUGAUCCUCUCCUUUAUCACUGGCGUCCUCUUCUUCAUCCCAUUUGUCGGUUCGGCCGCCGGUGCCGCGGGCCAGACCACCGUCCGCACCAUCCUCGGCAUGCUUGGUCCGGCAGCCGACGCCGGCCUGCUGACGUGGGGCAUCAUCGAGGACCCCGACAACGCUUUCGCCACCAUCUUUUCGACUCUGGCCACUGCGGGUAUAGGCGCUGGCGGCUGGGGCAGAGCGGCGAGGGCGAAGCGCGGCAUGUUGCCCAAGGAUAUUGACGCCCUGGGCAGUAUCAAGGACAAGGUCAAUCGGUUUGAGGAUGUGAAGAUAACGUCUUGUAAGAUCUAAACCCUUUGGCGGUGAUCUUGGGUGAUAGACGAGGAAGGUGAUAUAAGAGAAACGGGGGACUGUCCGCCUGUGAAUAGCGAGUUUUGCUGCUAGAAAUGCAAUUUAUUGCGCCGUCUACCCAAGUUUAUGUAUUUUUGAUAGGAUUGUAAAGAUAGCAUUGAGGCUGUUGGUAUUCCUUUUGUAGCAGGAAGAAGGAGGC